AUGGUUGUAAUACUUGGCAAACGAAAAUCACGAACAGGAAAUACCAAGCCUUCAGUAUCCCGAGAGGAGGCUCAGGCUAUAUUCCAAAAACACUUCGAGGCGCAAUUCGCCCCCCUAGAACCCUCACAACCUACAUCAGAAACUACGCCAGCAGCUUCUGAGUUCGAGGACUUGCGCUCCGACUCGGAAAAUGAUUCCAAUGAUUCUUGGGAUGGCCUAUCAGGCUCGGAGUCAGAUUCAGAAGACUCACCAGCCAGCACAACAGCGGUUGAAGUCGUUGAGGUAGUCGCACAUACCAGCAAACUACCAACUCUAUCUGACGACCCUCUCCUCAAACGUGAGAGCAAGGCAUACCUGUCCUCUCGUAUACCCUCUUCCACUAUAGAUCCAUCUGCUUCAUCCGUCCAACCUAAGCAAAAGUCCGCAAAGGCCGCAGACGAAGAUGCGCCGUCACUUCUGAAGAACGACCUGGCGCUGCAGCGUCUACUCUCAGAAUCCCACCUCUUCUCAGGUACCCAGGCCGAGGGAAGCAUAGAGCACAAGGGCCGCAACCGCCAUCUAGCGACGGAUCUCCGACUAUCAGCACUCGGUUCUAAAGCCAGCAUCUACAAGCAGACCAAGAUGCCCAUGUCGCAUCGCAAAGGGAUCACGGCCGCCGUCACGUCACGCGAGACAAAGAGGCGAAAGGAGGCCCGCGAGAAUGGUGUAGUUCUCGAGCGUCCCAGUGCUGCGGGGGUUGGCAAAGGCAGGAGCAAAUCUAGGAAGCGGGAGAUCACUGUUGAUGCGCCGGCGGUGGGAAGGUUGAGAAAUGGCAUGUUGAAAUUGAGUGAGAAGGACAUCGCAGAAAUUCAGGCAGAUAGUAGAGGGUCUAGGGGCAAAGGUAGUAGAAGAGGGGGGCGGAGGUGA